AAGAAUCCAGAAGCAGAGAUGAACAUUAGCAAAAUGGUCUCCUUCUGGGGGUACCCCAGUGAGGAGUAUGACGUGGUGACAGAAGAUGGAUACAUCCUUCAGCUCAACAGAAUUCCUCAUGGGAGAGGAAAUGAGUCAUCAUGUCUUGCAGGUGUGAGACCCGUGGUACUCUUGCAGCACGGUCUCCUUGCAGAAGGGAGCAGCUGGCUCACCAACCUUCCCAACAGCAGCCUGGGCUUCAUCCUCGCAGAUGCUGGCUAUGAUGUUUGGAUUGGAAACAGCAGAGGCAACACCUGGUCCAGGAGACACCAGGUCCUGACUCCCAAACAGGAUGAAUUCUGGGCUUUCAGCUUCGAUGAGAUGGCUAAAUACGAUCUCCCAGCCAUGAUCAGCUUCAUUGAGCAGAAAACAGGCCAGGAGCAGCUGUAUUAUAUUGGCCAUUCCCAAGGCACCACUAUAGGUUUUAUAGCCUUUUCCACCAUGCCCCAGCUGGCUCGGAAAAUCAAGGUGUUCUUUGCUCUUUCUCCUGUGACCACGGUGAUGUUUUCUCAGAGCCCGUUUAGAAAACUCUCAUUCUUUUCUGACUCUGGGCUUAAGGAGCUGUUUGGCACCAGGGAGUUCCUGCCACACACUGCCCUGGGGGAGCUGGUCCUCUCCAGGUUCUGCCUCUGCUCAAAGGUCUGCAAGCACAUCCUGUCGAUGGUUUUCGGCUUCAACUGGAAGAACACAAACAUGAGCCGAUUCGACGUGUACGUGGGACACACCCCGGCAGGGUCCUCGGUGCAGAACAUCAUCCAUUGGCUGCAGGGAGUCCACGGUGGGGCACUGAGAGCUUUUGACGGGGGGCACACGUACAACAGCCUUCACUACAGACAGACUGGGGCCCCGUUCUAUGAUGUGAAGGGCAUGGAGGUGCCGACGGCCAUCUGGAACGCGGGGCAGGACUGCCUGGCCGACCCCCGGGACACCGCCCUCCUCCUCCCCAAGGUCAAGAACCUGGUCCACCACAAGCUGAUUCCCCACUGGAACCACAUGGAUUUUGUGCUGGGCCUCGAUGCCACCGAGGUUUUGUACCGGGAAAUCCUUGACAUCAUGAAGAAGCAUCCCUAAAGUUGCUGGUUUUGCUUGAUAUCAGAUUGGGAUUUUUUUCCUGAUUUUUUUUUCUCAUAAGAUUAGUGCUGUCUCUAGAGGAUUUUGAAAUUUUCCUCUAUCUGGAUCACCUGAAUAUAGUUGAUUAAAAUGUUCUGCUUUUAACUGGAGCAGUGACAGGGUGGGGAGAGGAGCCUUCUUGCUAUUCCUGGCUGGCACUGCAUUGCCUUUCUUUUUCCACUUUUCCUUCUCUUUCCUUUAGGGUUUUUUGGGAGUUUUUAUUUUGUUUUGUUUGUUUGUUUGGGGGUUUGUGGGUUUUUGGUUUUGUUUUGUGUCUUCAUCAGUGACACAAAGUUCAUUGUUGCUGCCUCAGGUCCGGCACUGUUAUGCUUAAAACCAUCGAGGUGGAUCAGAAGGAGAUCCAACAGAUCUGUGAUCUUGCUGCAACCAUGGGUUGCAGUAAAUAAUCCAGAGUUAGGAUCCCAGAAUGUUUUUGGGUGGGAAGGGACCUUAAAGCCCAUCCACCUCCCACUGUCCCAGGCUGCUCC